AUGAAGUAUAGUUGUUGUAUCACGGAGGAUAGACGCCUGAACGAGUAUGACACACACCCCGAUUAUCUUGACACACCAUUCCAGAUCGACGAGGAGGAGGUCCUAUCACUGCUUUACAAUCCGCUCCCACAUGACCUCCCAACUGUCCAUAAGGAUCUCUUGAUUCUGCUUGCAGCAUUCUAUGACGACAUCGAUCGAUAUGCCCGGCUUCGACGGCCUUGCCAAGUCCGAUCAGAGAUCCAGUGUUUGGUGCGAGGCAUCUAUAACAACACCAUGUUUGCGAAGUGGUGCUCAUUGCAAACAGACAACGAUAGGUUUCCGAAAUCCGCCAUCAACGCACGGUUCAUUAUGAACGGUGAUCUGUCACGCAUUACCCCAGAAACACCCAACGGUGAGCUACCAUACUGUAUUUGGUAUCCAACUAUCCCACGAGAAUCUGUGCUCAGAGAACUACACCGUCGUCGGCCGGACAUGAAACCUGCUAUAGCCAGGGCCUGCAUUCUUGCCAACUACGAAGAUACAUACGAUCUUCUUGAUGUAGAUCCGGAGACCAAUAUCAUGCAAGAUGCUCGUGACAGUGCAAAUCCCCAUUAUUUACAGGACUUGCAAGCUAAGAUCCCUCACCGGGGAUGCAAGGCUUUCUCGCCCGGGACGGUGCACGAAGUGGCCCGGAGAUCUGAGAUGUUCGAACACCCAUCAUGCUGGCUGCCAAGUAGAUUUGCAGAUGAAGAUGCACAGGGCGAUAGUGAUGGUAUAAUCUACAAUGGAUGGAUUGCAAACAUUAGCGGGCUUCAACUGGGAGUUUCAGUUCCUGACACAUUCAGAAAACAUGCCAUGGAAGAUGGAAAAGGGGUUGACAUGGACAGAUAUUAUGAAUCCUUUGCGGGGUGA